AUGGUCAAUUCCACCACCCUGGCGCAUCUCAACACGAAUAUGGACCACCUCUCCACAGUACUCUCUUCAUAUGCCGGAAGAGACAAAGCCAUCCGUUCUCUGGCCUUCUAUCUCCAAUUACGAAGCACAACGUCUCCAGAUUCCUCAAAAGAAAUUCUGGCGUUGGCGAAGCAACUAAGUGCCGCCCGUCUCGUCUCCCGUCAAUUCAAUCAUGCCUCAAUGCUGAAAUCCUGUCGUCAAAUCCUUCAAGCCUUCAAUUCAGGAAGAAUCGGAGACCCAAUGGAAUUCUUCACGGGCGCCGCAGUCACUGGAAUCUACACGGUAUACGGUGUUGUCGAGUUGUUGGCGUGGCUUUCCGAUGCCAAACUGCUCUCAUUCGACUCGGCAAGACUCUACAAAUGGUGUCUAUAUCUUUGGCUAUCCGCUCUGAUUAAUGGAAUCAUUCGACAACUUCGAAUAAUUUAUCGGAAAGGAAUCGAGAAGAGUCAGGAGGAUAUUCUGACAUUGGUCGGAUUGUCAUCUGAUUUUAUCAGUGGAUUGAAUAGUCUUCCCCAUAAAAUAUUGUGGGCUGGAAAGCUGUCAAUGCGGCAGAGUGCCACGUUCUCACUGUUGGCUUCCAUUAUUGGAUUUUAUAAGUUAUGGUAA